CCCCCACAAACCCCACCAGGGGAUAAUCGUCUUGAAGUCUUGGACUGUAAACUACCUAAGUUUACAUAAUUUCACCGGUCUUAUCAUACACAAAUUCAAAAAACAGCACUCCGGUAUCACUCUAGUGGUGAUGGAUCACCGGUCGCUGUUCGAGAUAGAAUUUGGUGAUGGCCCCAAGCCCGCAUGGUAUAUCCCUCCAAAGCCGUCCCAAUGGCUUACAAGCCACGUUCGUCGGCGGGCAAACCUGACCGCUAGACGAUGGGAGAAAUUUCUCUUCACCCGCUGGUCUCUUGUGCAACUCUAUAGCGAGCCUUGCUAUGAGAAGAUGGAUGACCGCCUGAUCGUCGCGGCCAACGAUUGGCUGCGUGUGCUUCGGAAGCUCAAUAACAAGGAGCUGCGAAGCGCCACCCACCAAGUCGACCUCUUUUGCGGGGCCUAUGAAUUCUCCAGGCUUUACACGAUGGUUUACCACCUACAUGAGGUCUUAUAUAAAUAUUCGCGUGGUGUGCCUCAAGUACGCCAAAACCCUGGACAUCACCGCACGGUAGACUCUGGCAUAGCGGAAAGCGACGUCACCCAGGCACGCCAAACCUUGGCUAGACUGCUGCUUAUGGAAUUCGGCACAUGGAUCGAGAAUAUUUCCCUAGGAGGUUGGCUUAAUGCUUACCCACCGGCCGCGUUCUCCAACUUCGAGUUCGACCGUAUCCGGGGAGUGGUGCGUUGGACCGAAAAUCAUGGGAAUGAACUCCGAUAUGACGACAUGGCUCUGGAUAUGAUCUUUGGCCACUGGGGACCUUCUGAGGAUGAUUUAGAAAAUGGCCAUGGAUAUGAGCCUCGCUCUGUCUUCGCGUGGAUAUGUGGAGUCCCCGACGACGUGAGCUUGUCCUCUGAUGGUGUUAUGGGACGUAGGAAGAUCGAGUUCACCGUCCAGGCCCCGGAUAUCAACAGCGACCUGAGCAUCUUGAUACAGCUCAGCUUCAGCCCCGAUAAUGACCAGUCGGGCCCUCCCCAAUUUCCGCCAGGACAUUAGGACGCAGAUGGGGAGGCAAAGCCCAGCCACGUGCAAUCCUAAGUACUGAUAGUC